AUGAAUAACACCGACACAACCCAUCGAAAAGGCAUCAUCGGUAACCCCGCCUCCAACAACUUCUGGCUCUAUGACUCCAAGGAUGGCUUCGACCUCACCCACCCACCAACACCAACAACACCCCUGGCUUCGGGAACCACCACCGUCAAACUCCAAACCACCACACUCCCCAUCACCAUCUCCGUCCAGAAAUCCGCGCUCGUCAUAGUUGACAUGCAGAACUUCUUUCUCUCCCAAUCACUCGGCCGACCCAACGACUCCAAGGGCAUGCUCGCACAGAAGCAACUCCUCGACCACGCCAUCCCGGCGGCGCGCAAAGCCGGCAUCCAAAUCAUCUGGCUGAACUGGGGUCUCAUGGAGACGGAACUCACCAACAUGCCGCCUGGGACACUGCGGGCACUCGGCUUCGAGUCUGUCCCAGCGGAGCACUUCGCCCAGUGGGCCGAACUCGACGCCUCGCAGAGACAAGGCACCAUCGACUCCCACGGCGUCAACGAAGGAUGCCACACUUUCCCAGCACAGACUGUCAAGACCGAAGUCUCCAGACCCACCAAAGAUCCCCGUCUAUACCGCGGCUUCGGCUCCGACAUUGGGGAUGUCACACUCGACGACUCGACCGUGGUGCCCGCCGGCAGAUUGUUGAUGCGUGACACGUGGAAUGCAGACUUGACGCCAGAACUGCGCGACAACUAUGAACGGCAGGGCCUCGCGUCCACGACCAAAGUCCCCGACGUCUGGAUCCACAAGAAUCGCAUGUCAGGCCUCUGGGGCUCCAGCACCGCCUGCACAGAAUUUCUCGACAACCAAGGCAUUCGAACCCUCCUGUUCGCCGGUGUCAACACCGACCAAUGUGUCGGAGGAAGUUUGCAAGAUGCCUUCUCAAAAGGAUACGACGCAAUACUACUGACGGACGGUUGUGGUACGACGAGUCCCACGAGCAGUCAGGAGAGUAUCGAGUUCAAUUCGGCCAAAACCUGGGGUUUUGCGACCUCGUGUCGAGAUUUUGCCCAGGGGGUUGAUGCUUCGCUUGCUUCUUGA